GCCGGUGGAGUCGUGCCGAACCGAUGAUCGCUCGUGGCGUGUCCGUAUCGUGUGUGAGGAUUGUGACUGUUCGUUCAUUCCGACUUUUUGUGUUUGUUGUUGCAGGAGAGUUGUGUUGUGACAGGAUCCUUGGAUAGCGACGACCUCAGGGACUGCGAACGCAUUGUGUGGGUGGUGAACCUGACCGCGGGCACGGGAGGCGUGGCUGUGCGGGGACGCGGGAAGAUGCAGCGUGUGUCCGAGCCUGACAUGUCGCUGCCUCUACCACUGCCUCUGCCGUACGCUCACCACCUCACCACCGCAUUUCGCAUCCUCUAAAUAUAGCCCUCUAAUUCCGUCAAGUGUCUGGUGGGGACCCGGACCGACCGCAGAAUGUGACCAUGUCCGUGUCCCAGGGCCGCGACCAUUGCGCCGCCGUCAGUGGCUGUGGAGGCUCCGUGGUGCGUAUAGGCGCUGUGCGGGUGAGGCUCAGCCCCGUGGCGCAGUCUGGCGGCAGUGGGCCGGACUGCUGUUGUGGGGUGCCAGUGCCGUGGCCCUCUCGUUCCCGGAUCCCCCUCCCCGCCGCCGCCACCGCCGCUGCCGCCGCCGCCAAUAAUAGACGCGGUAUCUUUAGCCGUGGCCCCGCGCCAGUCUACCGCUCCAGUGUAGAGUGGCGGCAGCGAGCGCCGAAUGUUGUCACGAGUUGUUUCGGCAGAGACAAAGCCAGUCCGGAGGACCCCGGGGAUACCCAGAGGCUCAUCGGAGGCGGCGAGGACGACACACUGGACCGGCUGUCCAAGUUCCGCUUCGGCGGGGGCGACCGGGGCCGCGGUACCAAGAGGACGCCGCCCCACAAGAAGAAACCGCGCAGCAGUGACAAGACGGAGAGACUGCGGGAACUGACGGAGAAGCUGAAGAGCCCCCCUGCGGGACGUGCGGACGCGGGCCCGUCUACCGCAAGUGUCAAAGUGACCAGUGCCGUAACUAGUGGGGGUGCCAGUGGGGGGAGUGCGGUCAAGAGUGCACCGAGUACCCCGGUAUCACAGCCAGACCCUGGAGCUCCCUGUGUUCCCGUCUCCCAGGAAGUCCCUGCUCCGGCUGAAGACGAUCUGUUCGAGUGCGUCAAUCUCUCACUUCCCAAACCGGAAUCUAGAACUAUCGUAGGAUCUUACAUUCAAAGGACUAUACCGUUCAGGAGUGCAUCUUUCUCCCAAGUCGAUUUUUCUCCCGUGGAUGGCAAGUACAUUCGAAGCUGUCGAGGAUCUUCUGUUAGUUCGAAAAUACCUUCUUUAGGAACAUCUAGUGUAUGUCUGACACUGCCCAGGAAGAAACCUCCUGAAGCCUCCCCUUCCUCGACUAGUCUAGCGACCACCACGACCACCCUAGACGUCUCAGAGAGUUCCAACCCGUCUUUGGAUUCAGCGGUGGGCUCUUCGGAAUGGAUAUUUCCCAAAGUAAGUCCAAAACCUGUUCCGACCGAACCGCACGCAAAACCUCCGCAUUUGAGGUCGCUCACUCAUCCGCUCACUAGGAGAGGGUCCUCGACAGAGGAGACCAUUCCGUACAGUUCGAUAGACGGCAACGGACUGAAAAGUCUGGGGUUGCCCGGACUCCGGGAGGAGAGUGACACCGACAGCGCGGCGCCUAGCGAGCCUGAGACGUUAUCGGUGACAACAAGCCAAGGCCAUGACGAGGAGCCCACUAAUGCACAGGAAGGCGGUGUUUACAGUGACAAGGAACUGAGGAAUCUGGUCGAGGAGAAAGAAAAGAGUGUUUCGUUUAGUGAUUUAGAUAAGCCCGAUGUCCUGACUAACACUGACAGUUCACUUACAGCUACUAAUGUGGACGUUGUCAAUAACAACGAUGUGAAGGACGAUCUGAGGAUAACUUUACCUAAGCAGCUAGAUACUAUUACUGAAUGUCAUAGUUUACACGAGUACAAAAUAGAUAACGAUAGCGUUAGUUUAGGCGAUGAUAAAUGUAUAGCUGAUAGUAAAGAAAAACUUAGCGAAUCGAACCAAUCAUCAAUAGAGACGUUUGUUGCGAAAUGGCCGGACGAAAACGCCCCAUCUCCAGGCGAAGUGAAAUGUAUCCACACGGACUAUAGUCAUUUAAAAGAAGUAGAAUUACCUAGUCAAGUUAGUAACGAUGGUUCUAUUACUAGUAAUACAUGUAAUUUGGGAGAAGUCGGCAAUAGUGAUGUUCCGAAACAGUCUUAUGUUGAGUGCACUACGAUAACACCUAAGUUAGCUGAGGACAAGGUACUUGAGGACACGACGAAGAGAUGGUCGGACGACGGGACGAGUGAGGACAAUAGAACGUCCAACGAGUGGCCUUCCAGUCCUCAAGAGGAGCCACAGACUCCGGAGGAUUCCAGUGCAAGGCCCAACUGGUCGAGGGUGUCGGACAGAAGAUGGCUCGAGCGUCCUCGACUGGUCUGCCAAAGCUCUGAGGAGCGAGACGAUGAUUCCGUCACGAGAGGAUCUCCCAAGCGCUACCAUCCUCUUGGCAGGAACGACUCCUUGUCGGAGGGAGAGAGUGACACCGGAGAGAGAAGACCGACUACACCCAGCAGAGAGAGGGACGGCACCGCUUCUCCGUCGAUGUUCGGGCCCUCGGACCAAUCGGAUUCUGAGAGCAGGUUUGGAAGCAACGUCAAUGUCGCAAGGAGUCCUCAUACCACCAGAAGGUACUCGAAAAGACCCCUGAGAGGACCCUACGGUCAGAUGCUAGAGGCCGAAAUGAAGAAGCCAGAAGCUAACAGGAAAUUCUCCAAGUUACAGUACAACGACGAGUUGAAGUUUUUGGAAAAUUACGCUCAGCCUCCGACAUCCCCGAAUAAGUCCUCCUCGAGUAGGGCCCGUGCAGUGGACGACUGUCACCUCAAGAGAAGCUACACCUCGCCGGAAUCCCCCCUCUUGAGCUCUUUACCGCGAAACUCGCCGAAACGCAAAGUGAGUGCGAAUAUCCCGUACUCCGCGCCGAACCCACCGACCUCGACCUCGGAGGACCUCCCUGUGGUCCACAUUCGCACGACCUCGAGCCCCUCGCAACUCGAGGGCUGCGCCACUGCGACUUCGACCUCGAAGCAGAAUACCCGACCUCCUCAGCCCAGCCCGCAACUGCUGGCUCAGCUACUCAAGGGCAGUUCUGAGAGGAUAUUUGUGCCAGAGAGCCCUUCUCCGCCCAACCACACUAUUCCCUUGCAUCAUUGGAAGGACACACGAACACAUGUGGUGGUGGAGCUGUACGAGACAGAGAGAUCUUAUGUGGAGUCUCUACAGAUUCUGGUUACUAAAUACCUUCAGCCCCUGAAGAGUCCAGAGAAUGCUGGGCUCGUGGAUGCGGCUCUGGUUGACGAAAUAUUUUAUCAAGUUCCUGCAAUUCUUGCGCAUCAUGAAGAGUUCCUAGAGGAGUUGAAGAACCGGUUGGAACACUGGGAUGUUAAACAGAGAGUUGGGGAUAUAUUCCUCGAAACUUUUACGAAACAUGCUGUGAUCGACACCUACACCGCAUUCAUCAACAACUGGAAGACGGCCAAAGAAGCCAUCAAGACGACCUGCCAGGCCAAGCCUGCCUUUGCCAGGUUCCUAGAGGCGAUGGCAAGAGAACAUAAGGGCAAGUUGGCACUAGACUCCCUCCUGAUCAUGCCUGUACAGAGGAUACCCCGCUACGAGCUGCUUAUCCAGACACUGCUGAAGCACACAGAGGCCAGUCAUCCAGACCAUGGUCCACUGUGUGAGGCACAGCGCGAAGUGCACGCUCUAGCAGUCCGCAUCAACUGUACCGAGCGUGAGAGUCUGGAGCUGGAACAGCUGGAGGCUCUGAUAGAGAGCACCGGAGGUUUGCACCUAGUGGCUCCAGACCGCAGCUUCCUGAGGCAUGAUCUGGUUACCAUGAGCGCUGGGCAGGGACGCAAAGAACGGGCUCUCUUCCUAUUCUCUGAUCUUCUCGUUGUCACCAGCAUCAAGCGACGCUCUGGCACGAUCCGGAAACCUUCCACGAAUUGCCCAGGAACGAUUGCAAGCACUUUGGAAGCAAACAAGUACAAGUUGUUGAUGAGGAUACCACUAGAUGAUUUAGAGAUAGUGAAAGAGAAGGAUGAGAACGUGAGGCGGAUGUUGCGGGAGAUGGAACACCUGAGAGAGGACGUGCAAGCUCUAGGUCAGAUGUGUGAGCUGGUGGCAUCUCUCCACUGCCCUCACUCCCAGCUAGAGUCUGAUGUGCGAGACAUGCACUCGGCCCUGAGCAGACAACUCACCGAGCGUCAGAACACAGACUCUCAGCUUUCCUACCUCGAACUUAUGCUCAAUACCCAAAAUGGUGUGGACAACUUAUCUGUGAUUUUCUCUAAGCCUGACAAAAGAAGUAGUUGGGAAGAAACAUUCAAUGAAGCGAAACAAAGGCUAGCUCUAUCAGCAGACAAGAGAUUGAGCCCAGAGUUCGUGGCACCGGUGCCAAUCCGCAAGACACGGGCGGGGCUCCAGUUCACAUGUGCUGCCCCCACCCUGGGCCCCGCCACCCAGGAUGUCUGGGUGUGCAACAGUGACGGUUAUGUGGGCCAGGUCUGCGUACUAUCUCUGUCCCCUGAACCCACCGUCACCUCCUGCAACGGAGUCUGCAAUGCCAGGAUACUGUGUAUCGCCGCCAUCCCAGCAGCUACGAACCAUCACAAUCACAACCGAGGUAACAGACAUCCGCCCAGCACCAACUCCAACAUUAGCAUUUCCGUUGAAGACACUGAGAAAGUCAACAUGCAUCUGGAAAGCAGUUCGUCAAGUUCAGAUGACGAGGAGGGGGAAGUGGAGAGUCGAAGGAGUCGAGAGGUUGAGGGAGGGGAUGUUGGUGUGGGAGGAGAAGGCGGAGAGGACUGUGAUCAUCUUCAACCCACCAUGUGGCUAGGCACGGAGGACGGCUGUAUACAUGUCUAUAACAGCAGUGACAACAUCCGCAUCAAGAAAAAUAAGAUCAAAAUCCAGCAUGGCUCUUCCGUUCAUUCCAUCAUUUACUUGGAUAAUAGAGUAUUUGUAUCUUUGGCUAAUGGAGAUAUCUCGGUCUACAUGAGGGACUCAAAUGGUGUAUGGAACACAUCUCAGCCCUACACAGUGACUGUGGGGUCUGUUGCCAACCCUGUCACCAGGAUGGUUCCCAUCUCUGGAAAACUGUGGUGCAGCUGCCACAACACAAUCAAGGUUCUCAACAUUUCCAACCUCUCAGUUGAGCACCAGUUCAGUGGCAGUGGGGAGACUCAGCGCAGUAUCAGCUGUCUGGCAGUCUCAGGGCUGGGAGUGUGGCUCUCUCUGCAGCAUUCAGCAGUAAUCAGACUGUUCCAUGCUGCCUCGUACGAUUGUCUGGGAGAGGUCAACAUUGCUCCUGCUGUCACCAAGAUGCUGGCCAGCUGUGAUGACAUCAUCAGGCAGCACAAAGCUGCGUGCCUGCGCGUGACGUCUCUGCUGGCGAGUCAGGACUUGUUGUGGGUAGGAACCAGUGCCGGAGUGAUACUGACCAUGCCACUGCCACACGUAUCGGCCACUACCACUAAGCUAUCACAGGCCCUCCAAGUGACAGGUCGGUCUAAAUGUGUGCCUCACGGACACACAGGACACGUCAGGUUCCUGACAGCAGUGGAGAGUAAGUCUCUGCGUGGGGACAGGGAAAGAUUUUCUCAUUCCAAGGAAUCCACUGCGCAUCCCCGAGUAUUGGUAAUCUCCGGUGGAGAUGGAUAUGAGGACUUCCGUUCGGCCGGCGUCUCUGAGGUCGCAGGGAGAGAGGACUCCACUAACCAUUUGCUGUUAUGGCAGACGUAGCUGUCACUAUCAGAGGAACACUGCAACGUUUUACCUAACCUACGUUAACUUCCUAUUAGGAUGAUUUCACUUAAAUGGUACAGUUUUGUGAUUUCCAUUUAAGUGCUUAAAAUCACAUAAGAGUAUAAAUAUUGUUAUGGAGAUCAACGUUUUCUAGUUUUGAAAUUAUUACUUAAGCCAAGAUUAUUAUGAGAUUGGUUGUUACCAAAAUGAGUAGCAGCAUAAUAAUAAACUAUAAGCAUAAAAGAAAAUGUUAAUGUUUUGUAGCUUUGAAUUGAACUGUUUAAAGUGUUUUUAAGAUUAUUUUCAGUAGUUUGUACAUUUUGAAGACAUAUGCAUUUAGUUCAUUAGUACACAUACAUGUCAACUUCUCUCUGCAUUUUUAGUGUUAUUGAACCUUUUUGAAUUCUAAAAUUGUAAUUUUAUAAUUCAAUCAUUCAAAAGGACCUAUUUUACAAUUUGGUGUUAAGAGAGUUUUUUUUAGAUGAAGUUGAUAUAAUUUAAAUUUUAACUUAACUCUAAUGGCUUCAACAAUUAAUGUACAAAUUACUUCUGACAUAUAUAUAUGGGUGAUGAAGCCAAGAUAAAGUUCUAGUACUGAUGUAGUUAAAUCUUAUUGUGACCGUUCAAAUUUCCUCACUUGUUAGGUAAUUUUCAUGCUUUCUGCAGACUUCCUUUUAAACAUUUAUAAAAUUAAUUUUUAAUAAAAAUAUAUGUUUCUAUAUUAUUGCUAUUAUUAGCAGGCUACUGAAUUAUAUACAAGUUGUAUAGUGUGGCUCUUUUUUUCAACUUUUUUGUUGAUUGAACAGUAUGAAGUUACUCUUUUUUCCGAAAAAGGUUUUCACCUGCAACAUUUCUAUUUGGAGAGUAAAUAUAUUCUGUCAGAAGUAUAAGAGUCACGUUUUGAGCUGAGGCACUGGAAAUAAAAACUACAAACAUAUGUAUUUCAUUAGCAUUACGUAAGCGAUAGACGUGUUGAUAGUAAAAUGUUGGGUAUUUAACUUGUAUAGCUUCAUACCAAUCAUAUAAUGCACCUUCUGUAGAACUAUGAACUAUUAAAUAUGAGUGUUCGUUUAAAGUCAGAAAUAAGUACUUCAAACGUAGAGACUUUCAUGUUAUCUAGUAAUAGAAGCUAAAAUUCUUAGCAUUGGUGGUUUAAGGUCUGAAUUUCAAUACUAUAAAAAUGCUUUGUACCUACCCCUAGAAAAAGUGUCAUCAGGUACAGAUUUCUAUGAAGCUAUUUAAUUGGUUACCCCCACCAAUCUACGAAUAAGGAAACCGUUUAAAAAGAACAGUUUAGAUUUUCAUGUAGGAUGUACUAGAGUGGUACACAAUCUUUCUGAACAACUAUGUAAUGUUUUUCUCUUGUUUAAUCUACUCAACUCAUGAAAAAUGUACAUAUCAACAGAUCCAAAUAAACUAAUUUUAUUGUGCUUUUAAAAAAGAUAAAAUGUGGCUAUCAUGCAAUUAAAAAUAAGGCUGAUAAGGAAAUUCAUGUCUGCUCUAACCCCCUGAUCCUACAACUAUGCCGACUUGAUAAUCUAUUAAUAUAAAAUUUCAGCUUCAUCAGAAAACCACAUUUGAUUCAAGUAUAUCUUCAUUGUCAAUGGCAUUAAGAAUACCACCUGGAAAUGUAACAUGUUUCAGUUGAUCGGUAGAUUUUAAGUUUUGUCUAUUUUGAAUUUUGUACCAUGUAAACAUCAUUGUUUAUGAAUUAUACUUUGAACUGUAGUUUUUGGUAGUCCAAGCUCUAAUAUGCUUCUAGCUACUGAUUAAAAAAUUUGUUUAUUAGUGAAUAGAAUAGUCCUUCUGGCAUUCUGGAUUAAUCAGAGCAAAGAAACUAUAUAAAUAUAAGUCUCACUGGAACAUUUGAAAAAUAGAACUAAAGCAUAACUCAUUAUUAAAAAAAAAUUAUUAGCAGGUCAAGAGUAAUAAAUUGUAUCAAAUUGCAUUGAAACUACUGAGAGUUAACUGUAUAAAGGAACAGUUGUUUAUUUCUGUCAAAGUAGUUUACAAAUAAAAAGCCAACUCUGAAAAAUAAGAAAUUGUUAAACCAAUUUGAAAAUUAUGACAACUAUAAAACUUGGCUUGAUCCAUUUUGAUACUAUAAUUGAAGCCUCAAAGCAUUUGAAAAAUAACAUAACUAUUACUUUUUUUGCUUCUUUCAUAAAUGAAAAAUAUUCUGUAUAUAAAUUAAGAUGUUCCAAACAUAGAACUUUUCCAAUGAUUUUGCAACAUCUGAGGAGCGGUUCUAUCUAACAGUUGCACGCCAUAUUCAUUUCGUUAUGUCUUGUGUGAAUGGGAUUUUCAUUGUUGCAACAAGACCUGAAUUAAAGGAUAUACCGAUUACAAACCAUCGUUGAAAUGCUAACGGUAAUUACAAACAUGUAAAAUUUUUAUAUUUUUAUUACAACACUUCUUUGUGUUAAAUACUCAAAACUACAUCAAGUAUGGUAAAUUAAAAAUAUUAAUGUAUAGCUUGAUUAGGAACAAAAUUAAAUGUCGGUAAUGACAUAAAACAAGAAAAAUAUGAAAAUAUUUUUCAAACUAGAGGUAAUAAAAAUUAAACUAGGAAUGAAUAAAAACUAUAAAAUAUUUUACAAAAUUUUAUAAGGUGCUAAAUAAAAAUAAACUCUUAAGUGAUAAAAAUAUUAUUUGAGGGAUAGGAAUAAUACAGGAAUAAUAAAUGCAGCCAUUCUGAACUUUUGCCAUGUACAGCGUCACUGUUAUAUCGUUCCAGUUCUCAAUCCAAUACCAGUACCAAUCCAGAAUCCGUUGCAACAGUCAUGUUGUUGUUAUAGUUCCACUAGAUCCUGCUUUUCAUUGUUGUGAUGAGGCAACAAUGAAAAAGUUGCAAGAACUGAACUAAACUCAUUGUAACGGUUCCAUUGCCUUGGCAGUACCAGUGGAACCUUUUUCGUUGGUGUUCUAUGACUGUUCCAGUUACAAAACGUCGCCAUGAGCAGUUCGAGUAAGUAUUUGUACCAAAAUAUUAUAAUUGAAAUAUAAUAUGUAAUAUUGCACUAGUUGAAUUAUAUUUUACACACAUACUUAAACAACAUUCAACGGAAAACAUAUAAUACACAAAUCUUGAUGGAACUACUGCUUACAGAGUAAUCUGACAGUUAGGUGUAGUAUUACUUUUGAUGGUAAACUUUCGAAUUAAUUUGACUGGUCAAAGUUACUAACCAUUUUUACAUAUCUUGGAUUUAGCUGUCUUUGCAUCUUAUACUGUUACAUUGCUAAUUUUGUAUUGAAUCCACAAAAAUCAACAAAUUAAAAAAACCAGUGUUUUUGGCAAAAGAAUAAAUAACUCUAGGUAUAAAAAAAGUAAAGUAAUUUAUCACUAUGUGAUUGGUGACUACUAUAUUGCCGAGUUUCUCUUUAUAUUUUAUAUAGUUCAGCUCAUUCAGGAUUGAGGCAUUUCAAAAUAUAACAUGAAAGCCCCUAUAGUUCACUGGUUAUAACUGAAUUAGAAUAAGUAAAAAAUAUUGUGUUUUAUCAUUCUUUUCCUUUUUUACUUAGACUGUGAACUAUCAACAUAAACAACAUAAAAUAUAGGUUUCUAAAAAAUCAAGAGUAUAUUCUAAAGAUUUUCUGUUUUCCAAAGUAUGAAAUGUUGAUUACGAUGUUCUGCAAUUAAUUCAUAAUGUACACAGUGAUAAAUAAUUUACUGUCAGUGAUUUUCUCAUUGUAGCACAAUACAAACUGAAAUUCAGUACUUCUCUUUAAUUGUAUAGUUGGUUUUAUUAUUAACUUAAGAAAAUAGAUACAAUUUCUUACCAAAUCUUUAUAUAUAGCUAAUUAUGUGUACUAGAAGUCUUCUUUUAUUGUCAUAAAGCAUUUUUCUUUAAAAUAUUUUAAUGAAAAGAAAAAUUACUAU